GCGGCGCUCCGUAGUCCGGACGUGGCCGCUCGGCCCCUCCCGUUGCUAUGGGCGGCCCUUAGCAACCGGCCGCCGGGCGAAGCCUGCGGACAGAGUGGGUGGAAAUAACCGGGGAAAUCAGGUGGCUUCGGGGCGUCAGUGAUCUGCUGGUGACUAUGAUCCACCUGACUUUCAGUGCCUGUGGAUUUAUGGCGAUUUACCAGCUGGGGGCGGCAGUUGCUCUGCACAGACAUGGCAGCAACCUACUCAGUAAGAUGCAGAACUACGCCGGAGCCUCUGGUGGAGCGAUGGUCGCUGCUGUUCUGCUCACACAACCUCAGACACUGGAGCAAUGUAAAGAAUUUACCUACGAGUUUGCCACUGAUGUCAGGAGUCAGAUGUUUGGAGCAAUAACCCCUGGCUAUGACUUCAUGAAGCUACUUAGGGAGGGCAUGAACUCGAUACUUACAGCUGAUGCACACAAGAAGGCUCACGGCCGGCUCCAUGUCUCAGUCACAAAUGCCAAGACGCUGAAAAAUUGUAUGAUCUCCUCGUUUCCUACCAGGGAUGAUCUCAUGACGGUUCUACUUGCCAGCAGCUUUGUGCCACUCUAUGCUGGGUUCAAGGCCGUGGAGUACAAGGGAGAAUCUUGGAUUGACGGGGGAUUGACAAACAGGCUUCCGAUCUUACCCAGUGGAAGGACUUUAACUGUGUCACCAUUCAGUGGGAAAUUGGACAUCUGCCCUCAAGAUGAAGACCAAAAAAAUUUAUACAUUACAAUUGCAAAGCAAGAUUUCAUUUUGUCGGUCGCAAAUUUCGUCAGGGUCAAUCAUGCAUUGUUCCCACCCAGCCGAGAGAAGAUGGAGUCUCUCUAUCACAAAGGGUUUGAUGAUGCUGUGACUUUUCUACGGAAUAAAAACUACUUCCAAUAACUUA